CACGCCUAAAAUUUUCCUUCUCUUUUCUUUUUUCAUUUUCAAACACCAUGCUCUCGAGAUCCGCUGCAACCAAGGCUCAGACCCUUGCCAAGCUCGGUAACAUGACGCGCGCUGCGCCUCUGUUCCGCGCAGCCCUGCUCCACACACUCAAGCCGCGCCAGCAGUCAGCCGCGGCCGCGGCGACCGAUGCUGGUGUUGCCGCCGACUCUGCCAGUGCCUCGGCAGCCGCCCAGGCAUUCGCUCCCCUCGACACGUUCCUGCGUCGCCACAACGGCCCGCGCGACUCGGACGUCGACGCAAUGCUGCAGGCGCUGGGCUUCAAGUCUCUGGACGAGAUGAUCUCGGCCACCGUCCCCGACGCCAUCCGCCUGAAGGAGCCAAUGACGAUCGCCGACGGCGAGUACGCCGAAAAGGAGCUGCUGGCCAAGCUCAAGGACAUUGCCUCGCAGAACCAGAUCUACCGGUCGUACAUCGGAACCGGCUACACAGACGUCGUUGUGCCACCCGUCAUCCUCCGCAAUAUCCUGGAGAACCCCGGCUGGUACACCCAGUACACGCCGUACCAGCCCGAGAUCUCGCAGGGCCGUCUGGAGAGCCUGCUCAACUUCCAGACCGUCGUCGCCGACCUCACUGGUCUGCCGGCUGCCAAUGCCAGUCUGCUGGAUGAGGGCACUGCUGCCGGUGAGGCUCUGGUUGUGUGCCUCAAUGCCUCGCGCAAGAAGACCCGCAACGUCUUCUUCGCCGACGAGAACUGCCACCCGCAGACGCUGGCAGUGCUGCGCACCCGUGCAGAGGGCUUCGGUGCUGAGAUUGUUGUUGGCGACUACAAGACCUUUGACUUUGCGUCGCUGGGCGACCGCUUGACUGGCGCGCUUGUGUCGUACCCCGACACCUACGGUAACAUUGGCGAGUAUAAGGCGCUGGCUGACCAGAUCCACUCGCAGGGCGCGCAGCUCGUGGCCGUGGCCGACCUUAUGUCGCUGGCCGUGCUCCAGCCGCCCGGCGAGUUCGGUGCCGACAUUGCCAUCGGCAACACCCAACGCUUCGGUGUUCCCCUUGGCUUUGGUGGCCCGCACGCUGCCUUCUUUGCCACGACCGAGGCGAACCAGCGCCGCAUUCCCGGCCGUAUCAUCGGUGUCUCCCGCGACGCCGAGGGCAACCGUGCCUACCGCCUCGCUCUGCAGACCCGCGAGCAGCACAUUCGCCGCGAGAAGGCGUCGUCCAACAUCUGCACGGCCCAGGCUCUGCUGGCCAAUAUGGCUGCCAUGUACGCCGUCUACCAUGGCCCCGAGGGCAUCCGCAACAUUGCUGACCGCAUCCACCGCUUCACCCAGGUCCUGGCUGCCUCCGUCACUGCCGCUGGCCACACCGUCGAGAACACCUCGUACUUUGACACCCUGAAGAUCCGCGUCGCCGAUGGCUCGUCGGCUGCCGAGGUCCAUGCCCGCGCCGAUGCCCGCCGCAUCAACCUGCGCAAGAUCGACGACCAGCAUGUUGGUGUGCAGCUCGACGAGGCCAUCACCCGCGAGGAGUUGGCGCAGCUUGUCGAGGUGUUCAACGGUGACGUCUCCGCCCUGGACUCCCUGGUGACCUCGGUUGCCCAGACCGCCGCUGCCUCCGCUGCCAUCCCCGCUGGCCUCGCCCGCCAGUCGGCUAUCCUGACCCACCCGAUCUUCAGCCGCUACCACUCCGAGACCGAGAUGCUGCGCUACAUCACCCAGUUGCAGAACAAGGAUCUCUCGCUGGCCAACGCCAUGAUCCCGCUGGGCUCGUGCACCAUGAAGCUCAACGCGACCACCGAGCUGAUCCCCAUUACCUGGCCCGAGUUCGGCCAGAUCCACCCGUUCGCGCCCCGUGAGCAGACCAAGGGAUAUGCCAAGAUGAUCCAGGACCUCGAGGAGGACCUCGCCACUAUCACUGGCAUGGACGCAACCACGGUCCAGCCCAACAGCGGAGCCCAGGGCGAGUACGCUGGUCUGCGCGCCAUCCGUGCCUACCAGGCCUCGCAGGGCGAGAGCCACCGCAACAUCUGCCUUGUUCCCGAGUCUGCCCACGGCACCAACCCCGCGUCGGCCGUCAUGGCUGGCCUGAAGGUCGUCAUUGUCAAGUGCGACUCCAAGGGUAACCUGGACCUGGCUGAUCUCGAGGCCAAGGCCGCCAAGCACGCCAAGAACCUGUCGGCCGUCAUGAUCACGUACCCGUCGACCUUUGGUGUGUUCGAGGAGGGCGUCCUCAAGGCGAUCAACAUCGUCCACAGCAACGGCGGCCAGGUCUACAUGGACGGCGCCAACAUGAACGCUCAGGUUGGUCUGACCAGCCCCGGCCACAUGGGCGCCGAUGUGUGCCAUCUCAACAACCACAAGACCCUUGCCAUCCCGCACGGUGGUGGUGGUCCUGGUGUCGGCCCCAUCUGCGUCAAGAAGCACCUUGCUCCGUACCUGCCUGGCCACCCCGAGCUGGUCAAGGCUGAUGGCACUCCCCAGAGCGCCGUCGGACCCGUCUCUGCCGCUCCCUAUGGCUCCGCCGGUGUCCUGCCCGUCACCUGGUCGUAUGUGAAGCUGCUCGGUGGCCGCGGCAUGACCGAGGUCUCCAAGACCGCGAUCCUGAACGCCAACUACAUGGCGAACCGCCUGCGCGACCACUACUCGGUCCUGUUCACCAACGAGAACGGCAUGUGCGCGCACGAGUUCAUCCUCGACACGCGCCCGUUCGGCAAGACCGCCGGCGUCCAGGCCAUCGACAUUGCCAAGCGCCUGCAGGACUACGGCUUCCACCCGCCCACCAUGUCGUGGCCCGUGCCCAACACCAUCAUGGUUGAGCCCACCGAGUCCGAGUCCAAGGAGGAGCUUGACAAGUUCUGCGACGCCAUGAUCGCCAUCCGCGAGGAGAUCCGCGAGGUCGAGGAGGGCAAGCAGCCCAAGGGUGACAACAUCCUGACCAACGCUCCCCACACCAUCUCCACGCUGUCUGCUGAGGAGUGGAACCGCUCGUACCCGCGCCAGCGCGCCGCCUACCCGCUGCCCUACCUGAAGGAGCGCAAGUUCUGGCCCAGCGUUUCGCGUAUCGAUGACACCUACGGUGAUCUGAACCUGGUCUGCUCGUGCCCGCCCAUGGACACCUACCAGUAAAUCUGAUAUUCUCUUUUAUUUCUGCCUCAUUUCAACAAAAAUACCGUACAGUAGCA